AUGAUAUUCGAGGCUGAAGAUUUGGAGUACGAUAUCAGCAAAGAUAGCUCCUUCAGAUGUAACAGCUACGCAUAUAGUGCGCCGAGUGGACAUGGGUUAGGGUUGGAGAUUGGGAGUAUAGAAAGUGAGACAAACCAAACAAAUGAAACAAAUCACGCAGAGAGCGGCAGUCACAGCAGCCACAAUAAACACACCAAACACACCACGUCGCCCGCUAAGAAAAGCACAUUGAAAACACCCCCACCAGUCAGCUUCAAUACACCAUCCCCACUGACGCGCAAGAGAAGCGUGAGCUUCGGCAGCGACCAUGUGCAGAGUUUCGACAAAGCAGCACCACCAGAUCGAGUGAUCAGUAAUAGUAACGUCGGGAGCAAGAUGGCAUACACAAGCACGACGGUAGUCACACUUCCAACGCAUGCGACACCAGUAAGUGCGAGAGAAUUGUGCACACGACUGAAUACUAUUUAUAUAUAA